CAGGUUUUCUGGUACUUUGUCCAUUCAAGAAUCAAAACGUCGCCCGAAAACCCCAAAAGAGCAGAAAUUUGUUAGGACUCAAAAGGCAAUGGAAGCGAAAAAACGCGUUGCACGGUUGCAGUAACAGUAAUCCCCUGCUUCUCUCUCGAGAACGAAACGGAAGUAACGCAUCCAUUCCAAUUCAAGCCCUUUCUUCACCUUACCUCACACUUCCCUCUUCUUUUUUAUUCUUUUUCAAUGACAAUAAUUGAAAUCUCUUUUUAACAAACACGCAGAGAGCAUUUAGUACGGUUGUUGCAGUUGGUAGUGGAGAGAAAUCUUGAUCUCCCACUUUUAAUGUUAUUUUAUUUUUCAGAUUUUCAUAUCUUAGCUGUUGAUUGGAGCUCUUUUUCGGGGUGUUUGGUUUCUUGGAUACGGAUCUGUAUGUACUUUACCUUUUUGGAGCUUACAAUGUGCUAACUGUUAAUGAGCUUGAAUUGACUUUGUUGUGAUUAUCAAGAGUAGGUUUACACUCGUUAUGUUUGGUUACAUUGUUCAUGCUCUUAUGUUUGGUUACAAUGUUGGUUAUUCAAUUUUGAUGCAUAUAGAGACAAUAAUACUGCUGGUGGUUUUUUUGAGAAAGUUUGGAAAUUCGACGUAGUGGUGGAGGAAUUUUUGUUUGGUGAUGGAUCAGGAGGAGGACACGGUACUAGCGGGUCAAUUUGAUCGAGGGAGGAGUGAGAAUUCGAGCAGUUCGGUUAAUGGGGUGGCGUCUGAGUCUAUGAUUUCCGUGAAUUCAGAGGAGAGGGAUUCUACAUGUGUUACUGGAGGAAAUGGGGCUUUGGAGGCAUUGGGUACUGAGUUGGGGUCAAGUGAGGUGAUAAUGAACGGACACGAACAAGUAGUCAAUCAGGAGGACAUUGAUCAGUGUGGUGGCAGUGAUGUACCGCAUGAAGUUGAUCGAGGGGCAAAUGAAGAUUCGAGCACUUUGGGUGGUGGGAUUGUACCUGAAAUUGUAAUUGUCAUUAAUUCGAAUGAGGCUCUGGGUGUUGGUGGAGAUGAUAGGGGAUUGGAAGCAAGAAUUAGCGAACCGGUGUUGAGCAAGGUAUCUCCCAAAGAGGUGAAUAAAACGGUGUCUGAACCAGAGAAGACUUCGUGUGUGAUUGAUGUGAAGUGCAGCAGUGGUAAAGGGUUUGGUGAGAAUCUGGAUGUGGAAUGGGUUUGUAGGAUUUGCCAUUUGGGAUCUGAGCAAUCAUCUCAUGUGACUGUAAGGAUUACUGGUGAUGUUAAUAUGAUGACAAUGAUGGAUUUAAUUCAGCUCGGUUGCGGGUGUAAAGAUGAACUUGGCAUUGCGCAUGGUUACUGUGCCGAAGCAUGGUUUAAGAUAAGAGGGAACAGAUUGUGUGAAAUUUGUGGUAAGACUGCAAAAAAUAUUAAUGGUGUUGGGGAUAACGGAUUUAUGGAGGAAUGGAAUGGAAGGAGAUCCAUAGGUGGAAGCGGUAACCCCUCAAACAGGGGUCGAGGAUGUUGGCGUGGACAGCCAUUCUGUAACUUUCUGAUGGCAUGCCUGGUUAUCGGUUUUGUGCUCCCAUGGUUUUUUCGUGUAAAUAUGUUCUGAUAUGGGUGU